CAAAUCCAAACACUGCCUGCCAGCCACCAUCGCUCCUAAGUCAAAAGAAACAAAUCAAACUUCUUCUCCUUUCUCACUGAAGUCACGGAACCUUCACAUCCAUGGCGGGAAUCCGAUUAGCACCGGAAGAAUCGUCCGACCUGAUUCAGCACCAGCAUCUGCAGCUGCUGCAACAGCAGCAGCAACAGCAACUGCACGGUGGUCGAGAAGUCGGAUCGGACGACGAGCGGUCGGUGGCAGCGGACUCGUGGUCAAUAAAGAGCGAGUAUGGAAGCACUCUCGACGAUGACCAGCGUCACGCGGAUGCCGCUGAGGCUCUUUCCUCCGCCGCUAACUUCCGCGCGGCCUCUGACUACAGCUCUGACAAGGAUGAUUCAGACACUGAAGCGACCAUGUCAAUGCUUGGCCUUCAGAGUUAUUGGGAUGCUGCAUAUGCAGAUGAGCUGGCUAAUUUUCGUGAACAUGGGCACACUGGUGAAAUUUGGUUUGGAGCUGAUGUCAUGGAUGUUGUUGUUUCUUGGACCAAAAGCUUGUGUAUUGAAAUUUCUCAAGGUCAUUUGCCAAAUCAUGUUGAUGAGACAAAGCCUGAGCCUGUUGGACAAGAUGAUAAAUAUUUGUCAAAUUGGAGUGUACUUGACAUUGGCACUGGCAAUGGCUUGCUUCUUCAGGAACUUGCUAAGCAGGGGUACUCAGAUUUAACUGGAACUGAUUACAGUGAAGGGGCAAUUGAUCUUGCUCAGAGCCUUGCUGAUCGUGAUGGAUUUUCCAGUAUUAAAUUUUUGGUUGACGAUAUUCUUGAGACAAAGUUGGAAAGACAGUUUCAACUUGUCAUUGAUAAAGGGACUCUAGAUGCCAUUGGAUUGCACCCUGAUGGCACUGUCAAAAGGAUCAUGUAUUGGGAUUCAGUUGCAAAGUUGGUGGCUUCGGGUGGACUAUUAGUUAUCACAUCAUGCAAUAAUACAAAGGAUGAACUGGUGCAAGAAGCUGAAAAUUUCAAUCUGAGAUGGAUUGAAAUGGCUGAGGAUCCCAACACACCCAAAGACCAAAAAACCAGCAGGGAUCCUCCAUUUCAGUAUCUUAAUCACGUUCGGACGUAUCCAACAUUCGUGUUUGGUGGAUCUGUGGGAUCACGUGUUGCUACCGUUGCUUUUCUCCGGAGUUGAAAAAUCACUCUGUUCUCUACCGUGGUAGAUUAUUCUUGGGGUUAGUGUGGUUUACAAGGGGAUCGUGUGAUUCGUGAUAUAGUAGUUGACAUGUUUAAAAGUUAGUUUGGAGAUUCUACCUUUGAUGUUUAAUUGUGUUAUUGUGAACGAAAAAUUUUAAGGAGAUUAUCUGAGUAAGACUUUUUUUGUUUUUUGUUUUUUGUUUUUUUUUUUUUAAAAUAAGAUAGAUACUGGGGU